GGCAGCGAUAUGCAAAAUAAACAGGAAGAUAUACGGCCGUAUGUACCCAACAUUUUUAGUAUUCCCUAAUGGUGCUUCGAUUGGCAUCCGUUAUCCCGAGCCACGUUGCAUCCUUAAGUUACCUUUAGAUCUUAAUGACUGUACGCCAGAAGAACGGGAGAAGCGCUUGUUGAGAAGGCGUCCCAGGGCAAGACUUAUCAUUAGAGAAGAAAUAGAAGAAACCUUUGAUAGAAACAAUUACACUUUUCUGCUAAAAAAGACAUAA